UUAUUUUGCUUUUGCAUUAUACUAGCUUACUUAUUUGCCUCCUUUUACCUCCAUUACUCCCUUCCUUGUCCUGGCCACCUUUUGCUUUGCCGUUUGGACACACACCACCAUACUCGCUUGGCUUCUUCACCUCUCCUCUCCUCAGCUCCGUGGUUUCGUCGACGAUUGGUUGUUGCUGCUGCUGCUGUUGCUGCAGUUGCUCGAUCGGAAGGAGGAGCGAUGGAAACUCCUACCCCAUACCACCUGCAGUCCCCAAGGACCAUCGUCAAGAAGAUCAUCAGCAUGAAGCGGCAGCAGGAGCAGCAGUCCAAGAUCAUCCUGCAGCCGCGGCGCCGGACCACCCCGGCGAUGUGGUGCGCCGCCAUCGCCGGCUUCGCCUUCAGCGUCCUCCUCAUCCUCGCCGGCCUCGUCAUCCUCAUCGUCUACCUCUCGGUGAAGCCGAGGACGCCGUCCUUCGACGUCGCCAACGCCGCCCUCAACGCCGUCUACAUCGGCUCCCCCUCGUCCUACUACAACGGGGACAUGACGCUGGUGGCCAACAUCUCCAACCCCAACCACAAGAUGGGCGUCGUCAUCCAGUCCGGCGCCCUCGAGCUCUUCUUCCGGGGCAGGCUGGUGUCGGCGCAGGCUUUGCCGCCGUUCGCGCAGCCGCGGGGGCACUUCACCGUCCUCAACGUCCACAUGCUCUCCAGCCAGGUGGUGCUGCCGCCGGAGGUGGCCGCCGACCUGCUCAACCAGAUGAGGAGCAACAAGAUCCUCUACACCAUCAGAGGGAGCUUCAUGGUCCGGGAAAGGUUCUGGUCUUGGCACUACACCUAUCGGUUGACCGCCAUUUGUGACAUCGAGCUCACCGCGCCUCCCUCUGGAGUUCUUCUUGAUAGGAGAUGCACAACAUCAAAGUGAUUAUAUUGCUUUCCCUUGUGGAUCGAUGCUCUUUCUUUUCUCUUCUUGUAUCAAAUUUUAGAGGAAUUAAUUGGGUCAAGGCAUGCAUAUAUAUAUAUAUAUAUAUAUAUAUAUAUAUAUAUAUAUAUAUAUAUAUAUAUAUAUGGCAAAGCAAACAGAUCGACUAGCUAGUGUGGUUUGAGCUUGUGGCUUUCACAUACUUGUGUACACAGAUCGGUAGCUGCUUGAUCCACAAAGCUUCCUGCAACAUGUACAGCGGCAAUGGCUGCAUGCAUCGAUUGAUGCAGAGGCCGGAGGUUUAACCUCCUUUUCCAAAAAAAAACAUGUACAGCGGCAGGCACGCAGUGGUCGUAUGUAUGCAGGUGUCUAAAUAUAACUUGUA